GAGAACACGAAAUAUCGCAUGAAAACGUAACGAGAUUUUCCCACUAGUUUACACCGUGACUUUGCCAGCAGAAGCAGUCAAAUUCGCCAAAUUGUUUGUUACAUCUUCAUCUUGUGCAAUUAACAUUUUUCACUCAAUCACAAGAAAAUCCCUUAGUGACUUCGCGUUUGAGGGGGAAGAGUGUCGCAGAAUUCCUCAGUGAAAAUUAGAUCCACUAAGUUCGUGGCGAUUGUUUUUUUUUUGGUGAAAAAAAAAGAGUGAGAGUAAAGUGUGGAGAAGAUGGAUGACGAUGGAAGUCACAAAGUUGAGCUUUAUAUAUAUGAUUUGACCCAGGGGAUGGCAGCCGUUAUGUCCUCAAUGAUCUUGGGUCGACAUAUCGAAGGUAUUUGGCACACUGGAGUUGUUGUCUUUGGCAGAGAGUACUUUUUUGGCGGUCAAGGGAUUCAGAGUUGUCCUCCGGGCGGAACCGUUUUGGGAGCACCGCAGAAAGUUGAGAAAAUUGGUGAAACAUUCAUCCCAUUUCAAGUUUUUAAGGAUUACGUUCGAGGAUUAGCUGAAAGCACCUUCAGGGGCUCCUGCUACAAUCUCCUGAAGCACAACUGUAACACAUUUUCAAACGAUUUGUGCCAGUUUCUCUGUGGCAUUUCAAUUCCUAAGUAUAUUUUGGACUUGCCGCAAGAAUUUCUCGGAACACCUUUGGGACAGACUCUAGGACCCUUAAUUGAGAGUAUCAGUGCAGGUGGUGAAAAUACACAGCACUUCUCUUUCGAGCCCCAGAUAACAGCCCGUGAAUCAAGUCCGGGCUUUGAUGAGCUUAAUAGUGAAAUAGAGCAAGCACGUUUGCAAUCAAUUGCUUUGAACGAACGUAGGAAUACUAUUAAGGAGAAGAUCGCCAAGAAGGAGCGCAAAAAAGAGAAGAAGAAGCGCAAGUCGCAGGCAAACGGACAUAUCAAUUCAGAGAGUGAUUACAGUUCAAACACCGGCAUGUCUGAGGUGGAGGCCAAUAAUGCGGAAGUCAAUGGGGCCACAACGAAUGGCGAUGGAGCCAUUCCGUCUGAGAUGCUCCCGAGCGAGAAGGUGCUCGAGGAUGAGGCCAAGGAAAAACGUGAAGAAGAGGAGAGAAAACGUCAAAGGGAUCCGCCCGUGAUUUUCAACAAUAUUGAUCCUAAAGUUGAGCUUGAGGCUCUUGUUAAGCUCCUCGAUGGGAAGCUGUCUAAGGACGAUGAAACAUCAAUUGAAGAGCUACAUCAGUAUCUUCUGGAAGGUGAAGGAUCAUGGGCCCUUAGCGAUGGAUUCCUUGUAUUUGCCGAACGUGUUCUUCGUGAUCCAGGCAUUUCAACAGAGACCCGAGUGCAUUUGCUUAGAGCUUUAGCCAAUGCCGCCCUAAAAGACGAUGUGAUUCUCCUCCUUCACCAAGACAGACGCGAUCACGUGCUCAUGAAUUACGCUCAAGAUAUCGAUCGUCAUUCACCUGAAGAACAACAAGCAAUCGCACUUUUCAUGUGCAAUUUAUUUGAGAACUCCAGCUCUUCCGAAUGGCUUCUCUAUAUUUCUGAGUGGACCUACAACAAUUCCCAAACAUCGAAUAUUCGUGCUUCAACAAAAGUAGCUGUCCACUGUCUCUUGGCUUCCUGUCCGACUCUUCAGGACUAUGGCACAGCCAUCAUUCACAAUUUGGCAUGCAAGGAGGUAAAAACUGUGGUGUUUGACGAUGUUGCUGUUGAAUUAGCUAUGGCUAUUCUUCAGUUCUUCAACUCCAAGCCCAACGAGGAGCAUUUAUUCAGAACAAUCAAAGCUCUUGCUCGUUUUGUCACAGUUUCCCCGGAUGUGCCGCAAUUGGUGCAAAUGAUCGGACCAAACCCGUCUACUUUCAAGGGUACCAGUGAACGUGUCGAUCAACUAAUUGCACAAGUUGCAAAGAAAAUUCGUUAGAUUUAAAAAUAAUCUCCUUAAAUUCUAUAUUUAUUAAAUAAAAAAAUACAGCGUGAAAAAUACAAAAAAUAAAAAAAAAACAUCUUCCCAUAAAUUUUCUUUUUCAAACAGAAAAUUUCUUAAUUUAAACUGCAUUAUUUCAAAUAUGAGUUUUUUUUUUUAAAUUUUUUUAUGUACAUAAGAAACCAAUAAUGUCAAUUUUAAUUAAAAAAAAAAACACCUUCAUUUUGUCACUUUUUAUAUCAAUUGAUCUUAUUUGUAAUAAAAAUUACUGAGUGUUAAA